UAUUAAACACAAAACUUAACAUAGAAACAAUAAAUUUAUCGCCUGAAAUACAUAAGUAUUGAUACAGCUGAUGAGAUCUUUUUCAUCACAGUUUUUUUUAGGACCGCCUGAAAAUCCAAAACAAAUAAAAACUAAACCGCAGCAUAAAAUAGUUCAGCCACUUAUCCAAACAAUUCUGAAAAAAUAAAACCAGCACAAUAUAAACAUUGAUACAUUUUUAUUAAAACUUUGAAAUUAAUGAUCUACUUUAUUAUGUCUAUUAUAGAGCUUCAGGAAGAAUGUGAAUGGCAAAGUGUAAAGAUUCUGAACAUAUGGGGGCCAUUAAGAUGAUGGCUCUGAAUGACCAACCAAAGACAGAAUUGAUCAUCACAGAGAUUGGAGUCAUGAAACUUUACAGACAUGAGAAUAUUGUUAACUUCAUGACUGCUAUUAUAUUGUAGAGGAGCUCUGGAUUGUAAUGGAGGUUAGUACGUCCAAUAAAAUUAAGCAAUGGGUUUAAUCACUAAGAAUUCUAAUAGAUAUUUGACUUUUUAAUUUUGUGUAUGAAAUCAAUUAUAUAAAAAAUAACCUCUAUGUUACUAACUUUAUUCAAUUUUCAGGGGUGGAGAAAAUGGUUAUUUACAAAUGAACAGACCCAAUUUUGUUGGGUGCUGUUACUAGUAUGACAAUUUAAAAUAAAAAAACAACUACAUUUUUUCUAUCUCCACAAAUUUUGCUAUUUAAAUAUUUUGCUUCCACUUUCUUUUGCUUUAUAUCAUUUUAACUCUAACCUGAUUAUGUUAAAUAAUAUUUUUGACUGUUCCUGAUAAUUAUCUUACUGUUGUGUUUAUUGUUAGUAGUAUUACCACAAUUAUUAUUGCAUAAUGAUUGUUUAUGUAUGUCAUACUUAUAUGUAAUAUAGUCUAUAUUUGUAUAUAAAUAAUCAUUUUAUAAACAGAAGAGGUGUAAUAAAGUGCAGUUAAGCAAUAAGUGCUUAUUUAAUAUAGGUAUACUGGUAGCAGGGUUUCCUCUUAUCUCAAACUUGCUUCAGUGUAUGAAAAUGUGACUCGGUUUUUGGCCAAAAUUUAUUUGUAAACUCCGUUAAUGACAACAAUUCAUCAGUUUAAACAAAAGUUUUUAUCAAACUGUAUUUCCUUGUCAGUAUUUCGAUGGAGGUGCUCUUACAGAUAUGAUUACAGAAACAAUGAUGAAGGAAGGGCAGAUGACUAGUGUGUAAGGAAUGCCUUAAGGCUUGCAAUUUCUUCAUGACAUGUGACAUGAUCCAUAGAGAUAUUAAAAGUGACAAUGUGCUACUUCGCUUGGCAUGAUAGGGGCAGUCAGGCUCACAGUUUUUGGCUUCUGUGCCCAAAUUAUCAGGGAUAAAGGCAAGAGAGAUACAGUGGUUGGGACAAUGCAAAAGAUUUAUCUUGCCAAGAAGAAAAGAAAAGGUGCAUGCAUUUAAAUGUGUGAAUAAUGCAAGGGUGUUCGCAUUUUCCAUUCACAGGGUAAACCAGAAAUCAAAGAUGAACAGAAACUAUCAAAGGAGCUUAAAGAUUAAAUAGACAAGUGCUUGGAAAUUAAAGUAGACAAAAGGGCAAGUGCAGCACAUCUUUCAGAACAUCCACUUUUGAAAAAGUCUAUGGUUUUAGCUACUCUCAGACCUUUAAUAGCAGCUGCUGGCAAUGCUAUGAGAAAAUCUUAGAGAAACCAAAGGCUGCUUAGUUAAGUUUUCUUAUACUUAACAUCAUUGAUAUUUUUUUAAUUCUCACAAAUUCUUUGAUUACAGAGCAUCUAUUUUAAUAAAAAAUGCGAUCCGAAUUCUUAGAAUACAAAUAUAAUUUUGGGGAGAGAAAAAAGGUUGAUUGCAAAUAUGUUAACUCCUAGGUUAUUAAUACUUAUUAAUAGGAAAAUAGCAAAUAAUAAGACAACUUUUAGAUCUGGUAGUAGCAACUUCGUGAGUAAGGGAAUAAAAUAAAAUGUUUAAAAAAAUAUUUUGAAAAUAACUGUCAAAUGAUUUUGUAAGUUAUCAAGAAAAAUAUAAUAUUAUGAACAUGUUAAUUAAUUAAUUUUUUCAAGUUGAUUGUGUUCUUUGCUAAAUGUACUAUAAUGCUAUGUGUUAAAAGUCAGUUCUGUUUCCUCAACUUAAUGAAGAGAUGUAUUGAAUAAAAUCUGCUAAUAACUUGAGGACAUUCCUUGCUUUGAAUCUGCAUUAUUAUAAAAUAUUUCAUGUAUACAGUAUAAAGGUUUUGAAAAUAUAUUUCUAUCAUAGCAAAUUAUAUAAACAUUAAUUUGAAGGAUUUUCUCAGGAAUGGGAUAUCUUUCCUUCAUUUUCAACCAAAGAUCUCUUGUGCAUUUCAAAUUUAAAAAGAUAUAUAAAUAUAUAUUUAUAUAUUCUAGUAUAGAAUGACUGGAUAUAUGAAAAAAUAUAAAUUUUUAUCUAAAUACCUUAAGCCUAAGCAGUUCUUAUUAUUUGACAGUGUUUCUGUAAGGUCCCCUUAGAAUAUAACAGUCUAUUUGAAAAUGAAUUUUUUUUUAAAAACUAACAAUAUACUAAGAAAUGACUAGCUGAACAAUGUUUAUUAAAAAGAUAUAUUUUGUGUAAGUUACUGUAGUGAUAAAUAUUAUGAAAUUUAGAGGGGAGAAAUGAGAUACAUUACAUCAGUGCUAAUGUUAUUCAUAAGAAUUUGUCAUUUCAAAAUUUUAUGCUAAAUGUUGACAGUGUACUAACUUGUCUCCUAUAAUAUUUUGACAUGAGUUCUGAAUUCUUUACAUUUUUUUAAGUGCACAUUUUAAAAAAAUUGUAAUCUUCCUGUCAAACUUAUCAUGCAUAUGAAAUUUUUAUCUUUUCUUGCUCUUUUUAAAAAAAAAAAAAAUUAUACUCUUCUUGAUAGAAGAGAGAGAGAAUUGUACUUAAUGCUGAAGUUAUCGAAGGAUUUUUCUCCCCCAAAAAAGUGUCUCUAAAACAUUUCAUGUACAUACCUUGUGAGUGCAGAUAAAUUGAGCCAUACGUUUUUGAUGAAAAUGACUUGUGUUUGGCUCAAAAGAAAUUAUAAUUUAAAAAUAAUUAUUUAAAAAAAUAAAUGGUUAUAGAUAUCUCACUGAUUUAACUUUAAUCUAUUUCUUAAAUGUACGAAUUAAAAAAAAGAUUUACAGUAAAAUAUGCAUAAUAAAUUAUUUUAAAUGCCAUUGAGAACUGAAAAUAACUAAAUUGAUAAUAUUUUUUUAAAAUUUAGUUAUUUUACUGUGAAUCUGUUUUCCAGUUCAUUUGAUUAACCCUUUACGGCUUAAAUGAAAUUUUUUGUUAUCAAAAUGUGUACUUUCUCUAAGUAUUGUGAUAGCAAAUGAAAUUUUUGUGUGCACAAACUUCAGCUGAUCUUGGCUGUGUUUAACAAAUUGAUUAUAUUAUAUAUAGCUAGACUACAUUCUCAAAUACAUAAUAUAUUUUACUUCCAGCAAAAGCUCACUAUUUUAUUUGCUUUUUAGGUAAUUUGCAAAUACUUGUUUUUAAAAAUAAAAAAUUGAGUACUGUAUGAUGUCCAGUCAAUAUAAUAAUCAUGCUAAUCUUAUGGAUAUGGCGUCUGUUGUAGUGGGGGGAGGGGGGGCAGGGUGGUGGGUAUAGUGACAACUUUAAGUUAGUUUUUUUUAAGUUAUCAUUUGUCUUGAAAAUUUCAGAGGGUAACUUCAGUUUUUAAAAAAAUGUAGGUAAUAUUCCAUGACUGGCAUGAGAAGAGAUGGGGCUUAUUUAUUCAUUAAUGUUUACUUUUAUAUCAUAUAUUUACUGAAAGAAAAAAUUAUUCGUUUUUUGUACAGUGACAAGUUGUUUCAAUUAAUUUUUUUUUCCUGUUCUAAUAAGGCAGAUUUGGGCUAGUUCAAAUGCACUUUAAUGACUAUUGUGUUGUAUCUUAGAGUGAUAAGAUUCUUUAUUUUUUAAAUGAUAAUUAAAUGUGAUAGUUUCUAUAAAUACAACCUCCUGCGCCUUCAAUCCUUGUCACAAAAUGUAAACACGUUUAUAUUGUGCCUUAAUCCUUUAGCAUUCCAAUUCACAAUUUAGCACAUAUUUCCUCUAUUACAUGUGCAGUCUUUCGGCCCUCAAAGAAAAUUUCUUCUUUGCAUAUUUACAUAUAUUUAUUUGAUUCCCUGAGUUGAAAACCAGGAACAUUAACUUUCAAUAAUUUUUAUUGUACUGAACUUGAUUUUUUUCUAUUCCGUGUCCUUCCUCAUUUCAUUAUUUUAUUUUUUCUUUCUAUUAAAUGUUGUACUUGAUAAGUUAGGUUAAAAGAAAUUUCUGUUUUUAAGGUCUGUGCAGGGUUUGUAUUUUUAUAGGGCUUCUUUGGCUUGAAAAGCAAGUACAUCACUUAAGACAAAAAAAUAUGUCUAGUUGAGAUAGAAUUUAUAUUUUAUAAGGAGACUGUUUAUUUUUUUCCUAAAAUACCUCACAUUUGUUGGGAAAAUUUAAAUUUUAAGAUAUUAAAAUCAAAUUCAUAUAGAUAUAAAUA